CGCUCUUCGUAUUCUCCGUCCUUUCCCUUUUUCUUUAUUUUAAAAACCCUCUCUUCUCACUUCCAUUCUCUCUCUCUUCUCUUCCGCCAUUCUUCUUCACCUUUCUCACACUCUCUUUUUCUCUCUCCCUUUCCCUCCAAUGGCUUCCGUCACCGGUUCAUCUCUCUCCGCCACCUGCCAUCCUGUACUCCGCCUUAAAACCUCGUUUACCUCCAAGAAUUAUGCUCUGAAUUCAUCAGUAUCAAUUGGAAGGAGAUAUCCAAAGGCGCCACUUCGCUUGCGGGUUUCUUGUGCUGCUAACCAAGAGACAGUAGAAAAGGUCAGUAAAAUUGUGAGAAAGCAGUUGGCUUUGUCAGAGGACAAGGAAGUUACUGGUGAAACCAAGUUUCAAGAACUCGGUGCUGAUUCUCUUGACACAGUUGAGAUUGUGAUGAAGCUUGAGGAGGAAUUCUGUGUAACCGUUGAGGAAGAGAGUGCCCAAACCAUCACAACCAUAAAAGAAGCUGCAGAUCUUAUCGAGGCACUCCAGAAGAAGAAUUAGAUCAUCUAUGUUAACAUGGAUCAAAAGUGUUGUCUUGGUUUUGAAUAUUUAAAAUUUUUCUUAUCGUCAUCUUGAUAUUGUGUGUUCUGUUAGAGAUAGAACGUUGUGUUUGAAAAAUUAGAGCAGUAUAUGAAAUUGGUCAUAUUGAGCUCAUGGUUUGUGUGACAUUGUUCCUCUUUACAUUAAUAUAUAUUGCGUUUCAUUGAAAA